ACAAGAGAUUGGACCAUUUCACAAGUCAUUCUCCUCGAUUGUCGGUCCAAACGGCUCCGGGAAGUCGAACACGAUCGACGCUCUGCUCUUUGUGUUCGGUUACCGAGCGUCAAAGAUGCGACAAGGCAAGCUCUCCGAGCUCAUUCACAAUUCCGCCAGACAUCCAGAUCUCGAGGAGUGCAGCGUCGAAGUCCACUUCCGUGAUAUUACCGAUCUACCUGGCCCGGAUGCUCUCGAAGUUGUUCCUGACUCCCAGCUUGUAAUUGCGAGGACGGCGUACAAGAACAAUUUGAGCAAGUACACCAUCAAUGGUCGCGCGAGCAACUACAAAGAAGUGCAGACUCUUCUGAAAGGCCGAGGAAUCGACCUCGAUCACAACCGUUUCCUCAUUCUCCAGGGCGAAGUUGAGUCUAUCGCACAGAUGAAGCCCAAGGCGCCUUCAGAACAUGAAGACGGUCUGCUUGAAUACCUCGAGGACAUCAUUGGGACGUCACGCUUCAAGGUACCCAUCGAGGAGGCGCUGCAGGAGAUGGACAAGUACUCCGAGGAGCGUGUCGAGAAAUUGAACCGCCUCAAGAUCGUCGAGCGCGAACGCAACGCGCUCGAGAAGGAGAAAAAGGAAGCCGAAGACUAUCUGCGGAUGCAAAAUGAGCACGUUCGUGCUCUGUCACGGCUAUGGCAGUGGUACCUCUGGACCUGUCUAAAGAAUGAGGAGAUUAUCAAGUCGAGGAUCAAUAAAGCCGAAGCCGAGCUCAAGGAGGAGACUGAGCGCAACAAGGAUGAUAUAGAGCAUCUCGAACUACUUCAGCAGAACUAUGAGGAGCGUUGCAAGGCCUACGAUGACGUUAAAGCUGCUCUUGCCGAGGCCAUGAAGGAUCUCGCAGGGCGCGAGAAAGAGCAGGUUAGCCUCGAGGAGCGACGCAAGCACGCCAAAACGAAGCUUAAGAAGCUACAGAAGUCCAUGAACGAUGACGAGAAAGCGAAGGGUGAGGCAGGGCGUGCCAUCGUCGAUAAUGAUGAGAAGAUGCAAAAAGAGCGUAAGAAGCUGGAGCAAUUCGAGGCCCAGCUUGCCGAAGAGGAGAAGGUCCUCGAGCAGAUUCGGGACAGCCUGAAGGACAAGACUCAGGUUUAUCACGACCAGAUCGAGAUUAAGCAGAAAGAGCUUCAGCCGUGGAAUGUCAAGAUCAACAAGAAGAAGGCCGAGGUUGAUAUUGCGACUAGCGAACGCGACAUGUUGACCAAGAAAGCCGAAGAGGCGAAGCAGGCUAGUCAGGAAGCGCAGGCUACUCUGGAUCAGUUGCGUGAGGACCAAGCUGCCAAGAACAACGAGCUCAAGGAACUGAAGGACGAACGGUCUUCCAAGCUCCGGGAGCUCAGCGACGGGCAGAAGCGCCUGCAAGAUAUCCAGGCUCGUGGUCAGCAGCUGCGCAGCAAGGCGUCGGCAUCACGUCAGAAGGCUGAGGAAGCCAAGGCAUCGCAAGCUGCCAGCACCACUCAGAACAAGGUCCUCGACACGCUGACGAGGCUUCAACAGACCGGUCGUAUCAGUGGCUUCCAUGGGCGCUUGGGCAGCCUUGGAACCAUCCCAGAACGAUACGACAUUGCGGUGUCGACCGCCUGUGGUGCCCUCAAUAACAUGGUUGUCGACCACGUAGAAGAUGCUCAGGCUUGCAUUGAUUAUCUGCGCAAGCAGAACGUCGGCCGCGCCUCUUUCAUGGUCCUUGAUAAGCUCUCCUCGCACGGCAUAGAUAAAAUCUCAACUCCUGAGAACGUAUCACGGCUGUUUGACCUCAUCGCUCCGAAAGACCCCAAGUUUGCUCCUGCAUUCCUGAAAGGUGUCGGUAAUACCCUCGUUGCGAGCGAUCUCGACCAAGCGAAUCGCAUCGCUUUCGGUGGACACCGCCGCUGGCGUGUUGUCACCCUCGCUGGGCAGCUCAUUGAUGCUUCUGGUACAAUGUCCGGUGGUGGCACGCAGGUUAACCGAGGUGGUAUGAGCUCGAAGCUCGCUGCAGACUCAGUCUCUCCGGAGACCCUUCGCGAGUACGAGAAGGAGAGCGAGGCGGCGCACAGAGAGCUGGACGCGAUGCUCGCGAAAUAUAAGGAGAUGGAGACCGACGUCGAGGCGCUCCAGAAGGCUGGGCCACAAAUUGACAUGGCUAUCGAGAAAGUGAACCUCGAUCUUCAGACGUUCACUCGCCGCAUUGCCGACGCCGAGAAGCGUGUUCGUGGGCUUAGGGGCAAUACCAAACCGGACUCAGGCGACGUCGCUAGGAUUUCCACCCUCGAUGCACAGAUCGAAUUUGCUACGCAGGAGCUCGAAGGGCUCGAGGAGCGCACCGCUUCCAUCGAAGCCGAAAUCACGGCGCUAGAACAAAAGAUUCUCGAGAUCGGCGGUUCGCGUUUGCUUGCGCAGAAGUCUAAGGUUGACGGUAUUCGACUACACCUCAACCUUGCGAAUGACGAGAUCACGAAGGCCGAAGUUGCAAAGAGCAAGGCCGAAAAGGAUCUCGCAAAGCUGGAGAAGAGUCUGCGCUCAAACGGCGAAAGCUUCGAGCAAGUUCAGAGCAACCUUGACGAACUCGAGAUAUCUCUUGAUGAGUGCAAUGAAUACCUCAACAAUCUGAGGACAGAGGUUGAGCGAGCCCAAGAGAUUGAGGAGAAUCAGAAGGAGGAUCUCGAGAAGCGCAAGCGAGAGCUGGAGGAGAAGGAAGAGGAGGUGGAUGGCUUCAAGAAGAAGCAGAUGGAGCUGAAGCAGGUACUAGCUGAUGCGAGGAAGGAAGCUGCGGAGAACGACAAGUACAUUCAGCACUGGACUGCCGAGCACGAUAAGCUUCAUCUCGCCGAUAUCGACGACGAGGACGAGGACGGAGAGGAUGGAGAAGCUGAGGACAAGGACAAGGACAAUCAGGAAGGCGAUGGGCAAGCCAGCGAGACAGCUCAAGACGCUGAGGUCUCUGUCAAGGCCGAGGGCGAGGAACCCAGCCUGAAUCAAGCACGCCGUUCACGCGCGAACCGGCAUGAGCUGCAGAUGUAUACCGACGACGAGCUUGCGUCUUUCAGGAAACGUGAGCUCAUUGCCAAGGCAGAGCUGCUCGAUGAGCAGCUCAAGUCCGCCAAGCCGAACCUCGGCGUGCUCAAGGACUAUAAGAAGCGCGAAGAGGAGUUCUUACGCCGCGCUUCGGACCUUGAGGAGGUGACCAGGCUCCGUGACGAGCAGAAGCAGAAGUACGACGAGCUCCGGAAGCAGCGACUAGACGAGUUUAUGUCUGGCUUCAGCACCAUUUCGCUCAAGCUCAAGGAGAUGUACCAGAUGAUCACUCUAGGAGGCAACGCCGAACUUGAGCUGGUCGACAGCAUGGACCCGUUCUCGGAAGGCAUCAUUUUUAGCGUCAUGCCGCCCAAGAAAAGCUGGAAGAAUAUCUCUAACUUGUCUGGUGGUGAGAAAACGUUAAGCUCUUUGGCUCUGGUCUUCGCCCUGCAUGUCUACAAGCCCACUCCGCUAUACUUCAUGGACGAGAUCGACGCAGCUCUUGACUUCCGUAACGUGUCUAUCGUUGCCAAUUACAUCAAGGACCGUACGAAGAAUGCACAGUUCAUUAUCAUUUCCCUAAGGAACGACAUGUUCGAACUUAGCCACCGUCUCAUCGGGAUCUACAAGACCUCGAACGUUACAAAGAGUAUUUCCAUUGACAAUCGCCCCCUGGUCACCGCACCCGUCUCUACCGUUCCGUCUUAGAACUCGAACCCUUUCCAUUUCUUGUUGUCAUGAUGCAGGAUUAUUUACUGUAGACUGAAUUGUUGUAUGUUACCCUGGCUUGAGUUAUUGCUAUUCUUCCGACGCACCGCGUCUCCGGGCUUGCCUGGGGUCUAUGUACAUUUGGAUAAUUUCACCAAGGACCAUCCCCUUCCAUUCGGUGAUAGCGUUCUCCUUGACGUAGCCUGGUGGGAGGAGCAGCGCACUUGAAUUGAGCCAGGGGUGCUGGAGUGCGUCUGUAGUUUUGAGUCUUCGUUCUGGAGGGUAGACGAGAAAUCGGUGGACGAGGUCGAGUGCUGACUGAGCGGGUUCUGCUGGAGGGAAAUGUCUCGUCUCUGAGGAGCGUGAAGCGCCAUCGACCGCUUGGGGAAGAUUCGGCAGGAUGUUGCGCAGGUCGACUGAAGUGGUGUCGAUGAAGGACACCUUGUUGGCAUCCGGCAAGGUCUUGAAAGACUGACGAGCCAAUUUUACUAUAUUAAUUAAAUAUAGAAGUGAAUCAUUGCACUGACCGGCCAGUUCACUUCGUCUGGUGUCCCCCUUAGCUUGAAUAUGCUCCAUGCCAGCCCGAUAGAUCCUCUCUCCGAGUUGAACAGUGAGUCCCUCCACCAGCUCCCCCGUCUAUGCCAGAAGUCCUCCGGGGUGAUGUGCGGCAGAAGCGGCGGAGGCGUCUCGCAGUCUAAAGCGUCCGAGAAUCCGUCAUCCGAGAUGUCCUCGUCAGGUACGAAGCGGAGGGGCGUGAACAACUCGGCGCAGAGUGCGCCGAAGCUCCACAGGUCAACCGCGAAUGGGUCGUAGUCUGUGGAGCCAAAAAUGGUUUCAGGGGCGCGGUACGGGCUGUAAUGAGGAUAAUUAG